AUGUAUUCCGCCGCGACUUUCCUUUCUCUGGCUGCUCUGGCUAAAAUGGUCUCCUCUGUGUCCGUCGGGCCAGUCGCCUCACUCGUCGUGGCGAAUGGCACGAUCGCUCCCGAUGGCUUCCCGCGAGCUGCCGUUCUGGUUGGCGGGACGUUCCCGGGUCCUCUCGUCACCGGAAAAAUUGGGGACAACUUCAAGCUCACGGUAGUGGACAAUCAGCAAGAUAAUCGGAUGCUGGAGCCUACGUCGGUUCACUGGCACGGCCUGUUCCAAAAUGGGACCAACUACAUGGAUGGCCCAGCAUUCGUGAACCAGUGCCCUAUUUCUCCCGGCAAUUCUUUCACAUAUGACUUCACGUCCCAGCAGGCUGGGACGUUCUGGUACCACUCUCACUUGGCAACUCAGUACUGCGAUGGCCUUCGCGGUGCGAUGGUCAUCUACGACCCCGCGGACGCCUACUUGAAUCAAUACGAUGUGGACGACGAAUCUACCGUGAUCACUCUCGCGGACUGGUACCACGUUUUCGCCGAGACGGUGGCUGGCGUCGCCACACCAGCUUCAGUGCUCAUCAAUGGUCUUGGACGCACGGCUGAUACGGCGAGCAACACCACGCUCUCGGUUAUCAAUGUGACGAAGGGCCUGCGUUACCGCUUCCGUCUGAUCAACACCGCGUGCGACUCGGACUACGUCUUCCAGAUUGACGGGCACUCGAACAUGACGAUCAUCGAGGCGGACGGCGUGCUGCACGAGCCGCUCAGCGUUGAUUCCAUCCGCAUCUAUGCUGGACAGCGCUACUCGUUUAUUCUGACCGCCGACCAGGCCGUCAACAACUACUGGAUCCGUGCGAACCCCAGUACCGGCCCGACGGGUUUUGCCGGAGGCAUCAACUCUGCCAUUCUGCGCUACGUUGGUGCGCCUUCCUCUGAGCCAACCACCGCACAGGACACGUCCGUUAAGGCUCUCGUGAACGAGGUGGACCUGCACCCGCUGGUCAACCCGGGCACUGUCGGAAAACCGUUCAGCGGUGGUGCUGACGUCCAGGUCAACCUGGCCCUGGCUUUCGAUCUGACGACGUUUAAGUUUACGGUCAACGGUGCCUCUUUCACCUCCCCGACUGUCCCCGUGCUGCUGCAGAUCCUGUCUGGAGCCCAGCCCGCCCAGGCCCUGUUGCCCGCGAAAACAGUCUACACGCUUCCACACUUCGCGUCUGUCGAACUCACCCUGGCUGGUGGAGUUAUCGGUGGCGGGCAUCCGUUCCACUUGCACGGCCACACAUUUGACGUCAUCCGCUCGGCCGGUAGCAGCGCUUACAACUACGUCAACCCCGCGCGCCGCGACGUCGUCAACAUCGGUGGCACAGGCGACAAUGUUACCAUCCGUUUCUUCACGGACAACCGUGGACCAUGGUUCCUCCAUUGCCACAUCGACUGGCAUCUCGAAGCCGGCUUUGCUAUUGUCUUUGCGGAGGCCGUUGACGACUGGAAGGCCGAGAUCAGCCCCAACACCGAGUGGGAGCAACUGUGCCCGAAGUACAACGCUCUCUCGGCUGAUAUCACCUCCCUCGCCGGAUAAAAUAGAGUCAAAACUGCCUAUCCCCACGCUCGUUACUUCCCUCUCUUGUUACAUAGUUUACUCAGAAUUAAUUUGCAUGUAUCCAUUGACCGGGCGCCGCUGCCCAACGAACCGCCGGCACGUGAUUUUGAGACACGUGAUUUUGGUUGGAAGUACUGGUGUUUCGAGAGAUAAGUGUUCGGCACCUAAUCAUAAAGAUCAUUAUAAUACAGGCCGGCUGAAGGAACACUGAGAUUAAUCUACCCAAAACUUAGGCUAUCGCAGAAAUGGCUGAUGAUUAAUCAAAGAAUGAAAGUACAUAGCUCCCAACACUGACUGAAAAAUCACAUGAGAGGUUCUACUCUAUUAGAGUACAUUGCAUUUCCAUAUACUCUAUGAGAGUACAUUAGAUCCACGGUGCAUUGCUCUGCCCUAUAGACCAAACUUUCUCAGGUGUUUUGUAUCGCUCAAUCUAGGCCUUUUGGAUGUGGCUGAGCCCACUGUGCAACGAUUAAUGUUGCACUGCCACCUGUCAUAUCAUUCGCUGGCGACGCGGUCACGCGGUCAAAGCGAUCGAC